AUGGCCAGACUCUACCUAAGCCUACUAGUUCUGGUGGCCAGUAUGGUCCUUGCAUCCAGAGGUGUGCAUGCCUGGAGCUCACCUAAGGUGGUGAAGAAAUUCCAGGACAUCCCAGAAAGCUACGUCUAUGUGCAGCAGGCACUGUGGUUUGCUAUGAAAGAGUAUAACAAGGCCAGCAAAGACAAGUACCUCUUCAAGGUGGUGAAGGUUCUGAAGUCACAGGAGCAGGUCACAGAUAGUUUGGACUACUUUCUUAAAGUCAAAAUUGCCCGAACAAUGUGCAAGAAAAUUUUAGGAGAAAAUGAAAACUGCUUAUUACAACAGGAUUCCAAAAUGAAAAAGAUGUUUCUUUGCACCUUCAUCGUUGCAACCAAACCCUGGAAAUUUGAACUCACUAUGCUGGAGAAAAAAUGUCAAGAUGUUUAA